AUGAUACUUCCAGAAGAUUGCGUUAGAGAAAUCUUGGAACACCUUGCGGAAGAUAAAAAAUCAUUAUAUACAUGUCUGUUCGCAAACAGAUUAUUUUGUAAUUGUGUCGUACCAAUACUAUGGAGAGAACCGUGGUCAAUAUACUAUUCUAGAACAAACUAUUGGAAAAUUCUUGGGAAAACGAUAAUCAAAUGCUUUCCAAGAGAAAUCAAACGAUCCCUUUCAAAGGAGCAACAAAUUUUUUUUAACCCUUCAUUAUUGCAAAAACCUUUAUUCAACUACGUUUCAUAUAUUCAAUUCAUCUCUGAAAGUGCGAUCGAUACAUUAAUGGAAAAUGUAUUCGAAGAUUUUUAUGACAUUAGGGUUGAAGAAUUGUUAAUCAAUGGAUUUUGGUCAUUAUUCAUGAAACAAUGUUUUAAGAUCAAGUUUCUACGUUUACCAACCGUGAACCUUUUCAAAUAUCCCGGAUCAAAAAAAUCCUUAUCAUCCCUUUCCACCUUAGAAUGUUAUCCAAAUUCCUCUAAUGAAACAAAAGAAAUUUUUAUUGAAUUAUCAAAAAAUGUUCACACAUUGAAACGACUCGUAAUCUCAAUUAAUGAAGUUUCAUAUCAUGAUAUUGAAACCCUCAUACUAUCACAAAAUAAUUUAAGAGAAAUAUCAUUUGGCCUUCAUUCGAAGAAUAAAUGUCCAUUCCCUUUUAAAAAUCAAAAUACUAUUACUCGACUUUCUCAAUCCUUAAGAGUACUUGAAUUUUAUAGUAGAAUUUGUUUAUCACCGCAAAACAUUUCUUCUUUUAUCAAUUUAACAGAAUUGUCAAUUAAUUACAAAUCAUCGUACAGUGAGGAAAAUGAUAAAAUAUUAGAACAAGUUUCUUUGCCAAAACUUGAAAUUCUUACUUUGAAGAAUGUUAGAGGGAACAAUUUAGAUAUUUACGCCAAAUUAAUGGAUAAUACGAGAAAUUCUCUCAAGGUCAUUGAUAUUUAUUUUCACGCGGAUAAUCCAAUGUUAUUACCAUUAGAGUCAAUUGAAUAUUAUUUAAAUGUAAUCAAGACGAAAUGUCCAAACAUUGAGAUCUUACCGAUAUGGUUAACUCCGGAGAUUCCUCUAAGAGAUUUCGAGUGUUUAUUAGAAUCAUGUUCAAAGGUUAAAAAGAUCAUUAUUUACAUCCUAAACUCGAAUUCACGUUUAGAUACAGUAUUGGCGAAACCAAUUUUAUAUUUAUUGGCUUUAAAGUCAUCAAUGAUGUUAAAUGAGAUUCGUUUGAUCGGAAGGUGGAGCUUUUCUAAUGUAGAUAUCCAAGAAUUUUUUGAAUCAUGGAAAGGAAUUAAAAGAACUCCUUUGAAAUUUAAUUUUGAUAAUAAUAUUUAUUCUAAUUAUAUUAUUAAAAUAUGUGAAUUUUAUCAUCAACAAGGUAUCAUUAAUAGUGGUAUUAUCAACUACACUACACCAUUUAAAUAUUAUUAG